AUGCCCCCAAAUGAAACCCUCUUUUUGGAAUCCACAACUCGAAUCCAAAAAGACUCAAUUCAUUCCUUUAUGGAUUUUCAAGUCUGGGAUUUUCCAGGCCAGCUUGAAUAUCUUGAGCCAUCAUUCGAUCUCGAAGACAUCUUCGGCAGCCUGGGAGCGCUAGUCUGGGUCAUCGAUGCUCAAGAUGAUUACCUCGACUCUGUAGCUCGGUUAAACCGUACUAUCCUAACUGUCCAGCAAUAUUACCCUGGGAUCAAUAUCGAGGUCUUCAUCCACAAGGUCGAUGGGCUCUCAGACGAGUAUCGCACCGAUACCUUUCAGGAUAUUGUACAACGUAUCUCAGAUGAGCUUAGCGAUGCUGGAUACGAAAAUGCACCUGUGCACUACUAUCUUACCUCCAUUUACGAUUACUCAGUCUUCGAGGCCUUCAGCAAGGUCAUCCAAAAACUUAUUCCCAAUCUCUCCACUCUUGAGAACUUGAUCAACACACUUGGCAACAACUGUGGCUUCGAAAAGACAUAUCUCUUUGAUGUUCUCAGCAAAAUCUAUAUUGCCUCUGAUACUCGCCCUGUUGACAUGGCUUGCUAUGAAAUGUGCUCGGACUAUAUCGAUGUGAUUGUUGAUAUCUCCGAGCUCUAUUCAUGGGAUCAUCCCGAGCGUCGACCUAAGGGUGAGCAGAUUCAGGAGGCAGAAAGCCAUGUUGUGCUACAUGAUGAGACUAUGAUCCACUUAAUGGAGAUGAACAAAUACCUUUGCCUCGUUUCUGUCAUACGAAACCCCGAAGCUAAAGAAAAGCGAGGCCUAAUUGAUAUGAAUUGUCGCACGUUCCAAGAUGCUCUUAACGAUGUUUUCUCUCGCAGCUGGGAGCAACUUGAGCAACUGGAAGAUCAAACCAGUGCUUAA